AUGCAUCUCUUCCGCAGGGGCACUGCCUCCCUAUUCAACUCCCGCGACUCCUCCAUCUCUUCGUCCAGAACCGACAUCACCACCGAUGCAGUCGGCGACAAUGCGCUCGCCCCCGAAGGAUUCCGAACAAUCCCUUCAAGCGAUAAGCUUUUCGCAAAUGCCGAUCCAGCCGUAGACGGUGAGGACUGCCUGCACGACUGCGCAACGUGCACAGUCAAAUACCCCGCCAAGUUCGACAUCGACCUCGAAGACGAAUUAUACGGACAGGUCAAUGGCUGGUCGACACACAUGCUCGUCGCCACAGGCAAAUCAGACUGGGUGCGGGACGUAGCAGACGAGGAAGGCAGCGUCAUGGAGGCGAUUGAGAAGGGCGGGCUAGAGCCCAGCAACGGGCGCCUCAAACUCUCAGCAUCGAACAUGCCCGUCCCAGACGAAUACCACACAGCCGAAACAGGCAAGCAGCCGACAAACGUCCUCCUCCUCCCCAGCUUCACGGUAGUCGAGAACGUCACGCCACAGCUAGUCCUCGACCUAAUCCAGAAUUUCAUCAACAAGUCCUUGACAACGACCACGCCCUUAGGCGCCGCACCAUCCCUACCAGAUCAGGCGACACAGUCACAAACUGACCUCCCCCACCCAUCCAAAACCUCCCUCCCAACAUCCCUCACCUCCCACCCAUGCCCACACGCAGCCGUCAUUCUCCUCUGCUCACAGCGCACGCGCGACGCUCGCUGCGGACAAUCUGCACCGCUGCUGCGCCGCGAAUUCGAGCGCCACCUGCGGCCGCUCGGUCUAUACCGCGAUAUGGAUGAUCAGCGACCCGGCGGCGUGGGUAUCUACUUCAUUAGCCAUGUUGGGGGACACAAGUAUUCUGCCAACGUGAUUGUGUAUCGUCGUCGGGACUUUGAUUGGUACAAGCGAGGGCAGGGGGAGGAGGUUAGGGAUGAGGGUGCUGCGCAGGGGAUUUGGUUGGCAAGAGUGCGACCGGAGGAGUGUGAGAAUAUUAUUCGGUACACUGUGCUGCAGGGGAAAGUGCUUAAGCCUGGGAAGCAGUUAAGGGCUGGAUUUGAUCGCGAGCGUGGGUUGACGAGUUGGUGA